CGCCACUUUAAAAAAACAGCUUUAUUUGCACCAUGACGUUUUAACUUACCCUAUUUUUAAUUUUUUUUUUACAUUUUGAACUUGCGAAUUUCAAAUUAACACCAAUGAACAAUCCUACAAUUCGAAUCGGUGUGCUCGGAGAGCUGGGCGUCGGCAAGUCAGAGCUUGUUCACCGCAUAUGUCAUCCAGAGGUCACCGCACCAGGGACAACCAGUGCCCUGGCCGGCCCCACGUUAGAUGUGUUUAACUUUGAGCGUCCCAGAGGCGACAGACUAACGGGGGAGGACAUCUGGGUGGAGUUUCUUGUUAUACCGAGCGAAACCAGACACCCUCGGUCGCGGCAGAUGUUGUAUUCCAUAGGCCUUGAUGCUUUGUUCAUGGUGUGCAACUGCGCGGUGCCAAAGACCUUUUUGCGAGCGGCUGAGUGGUUGGAGGAGGCAAGGGGCGCGGAUAAUUUGCAAAAUGUUCCGAUUGCUUUGAUUCUCGGCGGACCUGUCGCUAUGGACUGGACUCUGAGCGCCAGCGUGGUAGCACUGGUGGAGCCGCUAGCGCAGGUGUAUUCUAUCAAAGUGCUUGACUUGUCUGGAUACAUGAGUUCGUACAGCUUGAAUUCCAAGCAAAGGGAACUGUUGUCAGAAUUUUAUGAGGAGGUGGUCCGGCGGAAGCCUUUGACUGGGUGAAUGGCACAUGUAUAUUUUCAAUAGCACCCACCUGCAAUAUAAUUGGCAAUUCGAAUAUCCAACAUCCACAUUAAAGCUCAGCCAUCAAGGGGUUUUCUCAAUUGUAAAUACAGUUUGUAUAUGCGA